ACUGUAUGUAUGUAGUUGUAAUGUAUACAUAAUAUAAUAAAUACCCAAAUUCAACUAACAUUCGAUUAAACAUAUAUUUUGUCAUUGGCUCGGUGAAUUAAUAUUUUUGUACAUGUAUUCGAUUAUAUUUUUUGUAAAAUGACAGACACAGAGAAGCCUUUCGCAUGUUCGUCUCCAGGAUGUAAUAUGAGUUUUGUUAAUGAAGAUCAUUUGGUAGUUCAUAAAAAAAAACAUGAUAUGAUAUUAAAUUUUGGAACAGGUGGCAAAAGUAAUUCAUUUAUAGCCGAUCAAACGCCAACUCCUACACGAUUCAUCAGAAAUUGCGAAGAAGUUGGUUUAUUUCAAGAUUUACAAAAUGUUAAUCCCUUUGAAGAAACUUUUAGACGAGCUGUUGAAGGCAAAAUUGGAUCAUUAUCUGAAUCUGAGAUAAUAAUAAAUGACGACACGUUGCAUACACCACAUGUGUUUCCACACAUAGAAGACAAAUCAUCAAAUAAAAUAGUUCUGCACCGAGCUGAUGAUAAUGAAGUAGACGAAAUAUUGCAAGGUAAAUCAAAAGACAUAAAUGUAGAAAAGCCGAAUUGUGAAAGUUUAGAUAUUGUCGUUUGUAAAGAAGUUAAAAAGACAUCUGAAACAAUUGUUAUACAAGAAGCGGACACGUCAAUUAUUCAACAAUCACCCCAACUACCAUCGUCUACAAGUCUAUCGAUAGAUGGCGAUGAAGUGCAAUUUCUCUUGAAAACUCAAGAUGGGAAAUUUAUGCAACUGUCUGCAACUCCUAUGAUUGAUUCAACAAUCCCAGCGGUUAACGUUCAAUCUCAACCAACUAAACCACAAACAAUAGUGAUAGACACAGCAUUACCAUUGAUAAAUAACGAACUUGAUAAAUCUGUUAAAAAAAGUUCGCCUCCUCUUCUAGAUGCUAAGCAGCGCCUUAGAGAAGCUCUCAUAAAAAACGGUAAUGUAACAAGUUCAGAGGUGAUAAAAAAUGAUAAAGUACAAAAUAAAAAUACGGAGAAGAAAUGUGUAAUAAAGAAAAAAGUUGAAGUUGUAAAUGAAAAUAUUGUGGAUUUACGUAGAAAACAAGAUGUUCAAGCGAGAAAUCGCGCGAGUUCGAUGAGAGCACGAGCAAAAAGAAAACAGUGGAUUAAUCAGCUUCAACAGUCAUUAGACGAAAGUAAUAAAGUUAAUGCUAAACUUCAAUUGGAAAUUAAAAAUUUACGUCUGGAAAUUAGUAAUUUAAAAACUGUUUUAUUGGCUCACAAAGACUGCUCAGUGACCAAAGAAAUCGCUAAAAACAAAGUAAUUGUAGACCCUGAAGUUAUUUCUUUACCAAGUGUAAGGCUACCAGAAAAAGCAGCAGUUCUACCCAUUGAUAUAACACAGGGAAUAAAACGAGAGACUGCUCACCAAGACGUGGCAUGUGCUGCAAAUAAAAAAGUAAAAAUAAAACGACAAUCAAUAAUAUUACCAAAAACCGAUGAUAAAAUGGUGCCGAUGGUGGCUAAAGUUAUUUGCGGGCCUUGCAAUAACCUUAAGGUCGUCAACCUUAAUCAAAUAGUAGAUGAAAAAUCUGUCAACAAACCAAUCUUAAUUGUCCAAAAUGGACCACCAAAAAAAGUUCAAAUUAUAAAUUCGCGACAAGUGGUUCAAGUAGACCAGAGUCUACAGUUAAUUAAUGUGGCCUCUAAAACAACUGGGACGUAGUUUAAUUAAGUUACGUUUUUAUAAAAUAAAACUUCAGUAUAAAGUUGGAAUCAUAUUAGGCUUUAUAUGUAAUAGUGCUCUUUAAGACGCUCUACAAGCUCUUCAAGCUUUUGAUUUUGAGGUAUUGUCAGUAAUUUUAAGUUACAAGUCAUUAAAAAAAAAUUUUUUUAUUAUAAGACAUUUAUUUUUAUAAUUAAAAUUAUUGUCUAUGUUUAAAUACGUCUAUGAAUAGUCAAUCGCUGGCGAUUAUGUUUAUGUUUUGAUACGACAAAGUAGCAUUUGUUUUCUGCGUUUUUUUAUGUUAAGCAAAGUAUACUUUUAACAUUCUAGUUUUUUUUUGUAGUAAUCAAGACUUUUAAUAACUAUAAAAAGUUAUGUACAACACUAGUGAUAUACAUCCAUUAUGAUACUCAUUAACAGUAACUCUAUUUUAAAACAAGUAAAUUACAAAACUUUUAGACUAGUUUUUAAUUGAGUCGUCAA